AUGCUUCAUCAUGCCAAACUGGACAAGUGUUUCUGGGCCGAAGCAGCGAUGACGGCCAUCUACGUCAAGAAUCGACUGCCGUCACCUAAAGUCGUGCACAAGACCCCGUUUGAGAUCGUCUACAACUUGAAACCAAGCGUCAAGCACAUGCGAACAUUCGGGUGUCAGACAUACAUACUGACGCCUAAAGAGAAUCGACUCAAGUGGGAUCCAAAGGCUCGCGCUGGCAUAUUCGUGGGCUACGAAGAAGUUUCGAAGGCAUAUCGUGUUUAUGACAUCGAGGCGGGGCAGGUGGUUAUCAGCCGCGAUGUCAACUUCGACGAGUCCACCUUUGGACUUCAACUGCCGAUCACUGAUGAAGAUGUCGAUGACCUGGACUUCGAAUUGCUGGAUCUUGAUGACGAAGAUGUUGCAUUGUAG